AAUUCAGAUAUAAAAGAGGCUCUAACCGCCACAAGCAAUGUAGUAUUACACCGCUUUUCAAACGUAAUUCCAAUUUACUUCUGAUUUCUAAAAUGGACAACAAGAUCUGCUUUAUUUUCCUCAUGAUUUUUGCAUCCUUUGCUGUUAUGGCAGUAGCACGACCGCAGGAUUUGGGCGCUUCAUGCGGCCCAAAUGCACAGUAUACCUCAUGCGGCACCGCUUGUCCGCCCAGAUGCAGUGAUAAUCCUGCGGAGUCCACAGCUUGCAUAGCAGUAUGCGUCGCCGGCUGCCAGUGCAAUUCCGGAUAUGUACUGAACGAUGCUGGUCAAUGUGUGACGAGCAAUGAAUGUUAAUCAAAAUUUUGUUUUUUAAAUACAAUAACAUACAGUGCUAUCUGUAAAGUUAUGUUGAAAAAGAA